AUGCUGAUCUCAAACUCACGUCCAGCUAUUGCGCAAACAACAUCAAGAACCAUGGCCAACCAACGCAAUGCCGAGCUAUCAAGAGCAUAUUCGGGCGGAAGCGGCCCUGCCUCGCCGGUGUCUAGCCGCUCUGAGAAUGGAAGCAGCAAAUCUGGAUCAGCCGUUGAAUCGAUCGACUUCCGCUUUCUGAACUUCACGAACCCAAAGGACGCAAAGGAUGCUUCGACGAGGAGAAGCGUUCGCAGUCAUGUCACGUCAAAGCAGCACGAGAAGCAGCGAAAACGUGCGGCAGCAGAGCAAGCACGACGAGACCAACAAGCAUCAUCACCAGACGGUCUAGCUUCACCUGCCAUUCCAGUACCAGACAGCCGCCGAACAUCAUAUGUGGAGUCCUCUGGGCCAUCAGAGACCAGCAGUCCCGAGGACAGCUCACCGGCGCAUUCAGCCUCCUCACCACCACCUCCUACUCGACUCAGCCCUCUCGAAGUAUAUCCAGAAGAAUGGCACCCAUAUUUGCGACCGAUCAUGGAUCACUAUGUCAACUCGAUGUCGAUCGACCUUCCAGAGACAGAUCCAGCAUCGCGAGCACUGCUGGUGGACAGGUUCUUGACCCUAGUAUUCUCAGAUCCAGCACCGCUACAUGCCCUGAUCCUGACAGCAGCCGCACACUGGAACAAGCUACGGCCGGACCGACCACAUCAGAUCAACCUACUGCAACUGCGAGGCAUGGCAAUCCAGGAGAUCAAUCGUGCGCUGGUCGACCACGGUCCGAAUGGACGAGCUACCAGCGAUGUCAUGAUUGCUGCUGUUGGGAAGAUGGCUACAUAUGAACUCCUGUUCGGCGAUCGCAACACAUUUCACACUCAUAUGACUGGUCUACAACGUAUGAUCAGUCUACGAGGUGGCCUACCACAAUUAGGCACUGAUGGACUCCUCGAAAGAAUAUUACUAUGGAUCGAUUCGAACGCUUCCGAUAUCACGAACGGCGCACUCUACUUCCCACCAGCGGCUUUCUCUUCAACGGAUGGGCACCCGAGACCAGACCGAAGGUUGUUCCUCAUAGGCAUACAAUCAUGA